GAGUCACAGUAAAAAAUAUGAUUGAUACAAAAAAGCAGCCUUGUUACAUUAUUGCAUGGCGUGAAAAUGUACUUCUAACUGACAUAUCCCUUUAUAGGUAGAAAAUGUAUUUCCUAGAUUUGACUAAACACCUGCAGACGAAUAAUUGUUGAACUAGGGGUGAACACUGCGGGCAUGUCAGGGUUGCACAGGUGUUCAAUUUGCUUUGAAGUAUUCUCAUAACGAAAGGAAUCACGAUUCUUUUGAAAUAUUGAGCCAACAUGGCUGAUCUCGUAGCGCAGUUGCAGGCAGCGGCGACUCUCUCCCACCUCCACGGUUGGUGAAAAAGCGCAUGAAAUAGGAGAAAAGGAGGUGUGUUAGCGCAUGCGCAGACGGUGCUCGCCGCUUAGUUAUGCCAUUUUUGGAGGAGUCGAGCUUACGUCACGGGCUCGUCCACAGUCCUGGAGCUUGAGAUUCACCAUCCACUCAUGCAACCACAAGCAAAGGGAGACAUUGGUGCUCCGAGGGGAAAAUACGCUUUUACUUUUUCUUUUUAGUUUGGCACGGAAUGAGCUGAACGGAUCCGGAGGCUGCUACAGUGCGUUUGGACGUGUGGACGACUCCAGUGGCAUGGUGUGCUGAAACAGAGACCCCAGCAAGCACUUAGACAGAGGUUACCCUGUGCAUCAUGUUUGAAUGCCGAUAAUCAAUUAUAAAUAUAUAUGACUGUGCUACUGCAUUACCUAUAGCCUCGCCGGGCUGUAGCCACUCUUCUUUUACUGCUGAAGCCCGUCUGAAGCGGACACCGUGCUGAGGGUGCAGCUCAACGGACAAUCGCACCCGGACCAUUGGAGGGGUUCGGAUGAGGUGGUUCCUCGGGCUUUUAGGUUUUAGAAAUCCAGCCAACUUUUCCUCUAUUCCUUUCUAACAGCAGUGCCGCCGAGCAUUGCUCAGGAGAUGGCGAUGAGGUUGUUCUACUUGGGAUGUAUACUCUGCUUGGAGAUCAUAUCUCCUAACGGUGCAACCGUAGCCCCCAAAGUUGAUGACCCGCCGAAGACCUGCAGCCCUAAGCAGUUUGUAUGUAAAGACCAGGUGACCUGUAUCUCCAAAGGCUGGCGCUGCGAUGGGGAGAAAGACUGUCCAGAUGGCUCAGACGAAUCCCCAGAUAUCUGCUCUCACAACAGGGUGAGCCAGUGUCCUGUCAAUGAACACGGUUGCCUCAACCCAGAUGUGUGUAUCCAUAUGAGCAAACUGUGCGAUGGAGUCCCUGAGUGCCCUGACGGCUGGGACGAGGGCCCUCACUGUAGAGUGUGGUACAUUUGA